AGAUGGCCACUGUUGCUUUUCUCUGCUCUGAAUAUUUGUAUUGCCCUGUCUGCCUAGACUUGUUUCAAGAACCGGUUACCAUCCCUUGCGGGCACACCUUCUGCUUGACAUGCAUUACCCAGUGUUGGUCUCUGCAAGGAAUGCCUAGCUCCUGCCCACAGUGUAGGUCUUCUUUUCGACCAGACUGCUCACCGAGACUCUGCAAGAACAGUAUUCUUGCCCAAAUGGUGGAGGAUUUUUCCAGUCUUCAGGGGUCUAAUGAUCUCAAUGCCUUCAGCAGUCAUGCCAGGAGCAUUGGCAUUCCACAGAAAAAUCAGUACCAAGAAGAGAUGCCAGAUGGGACCCAUGAAAUUGAAAACAGCAACAACUUUGACCUGCCAAAUAUCAGUGAGAGCCAUGAAGCCUCCCAGGCUCAGUCCCCUCAGGUUUCAUCUACCAGACAUCGCAGAGUAGUGAGUCAUGGCUUUUCUGAAAUGGUUAAGAUCCUGCGGGCCUCAGGAUAUCGGCUACUGCAAAUGAUGGAACAAGCAGAAAAUCAGAUGCUGAAAAAUACAAACAACCAAGACCUGGAAGAAAGUCUUAUCAUGCAAUCUGCCCAAGUUGUUCCAGAUCAGCAGCAGGAUCAGCUUGUGACCGUGCAGGAGGAACAAUCCACAUUUCAGGAACUACAGUGGACUGGACUGGAUGCUGCAGUCUCCAAGUUCAAACAGUCUUUACAAGAAUUGUGUGCAGAUCACAUGGGCAGACUUGUGCAAGAAGUGUGGACCACACAUACCAGUUACCCAAUAUUACCACCUGGGGAAUAUCUGGGGAAUGUCUGGGGAAGUCCAAUACUGCCCUUGAUGCCGAGGGUAAGAACAGAGUUUCUCCAGUAUUCUCGGGAUAUAAGCCUGGAUCCAGACACUGCCCAUAACAACCUUUGUCUUAUGCAAGGAAACCGAAGAGUCCUGUGUAAAUUGCAGCCCCAGGAUUAUCCAGAAAGUAUAGAACGAUUUGAUCAUUAUACACAAGUGAUGGGCAGACAGCCAAUGGCACAUGGACGGCACUAUUGGGAGGUACAUCUCUGUGGAAAUCGUGUAAGCCUAGGCAUCACUUAUCAUGGUAUCCCACGUAAAGGGCACCAAAGCUCCUGUCUGGUGGGAAGGAACUCAGAGUCUUGGUGCUUGGAAUGGAGCAGUACCCGUUGCUAUGCCUGGCAUGAUGGUGAGAGAAUUUUGGUAGCCACAGGACAGCAAGAGAAACUGGGUAUCUUUUUGGACUGGGAUGAAGGAACUAUCUCCUUUCAUGAGGUAUCAGAUGACAUGCUGCUUUUAUACCGCUUUCAUGCUUCCUUUACUCAGCCUCUCUACCCCAUCUUUUUCAUUAGCUGGAAUUCUAUUGUGUCUAUUGGAGAAGGAGCAGCAAUAAAACUCAGUGCUCACAACAAGCGCUUCCAGAGGCAGUUUUCGGCUGACUUCUAAUGGAAACCAUUGACAUCUGGAUCUACUAAUCCUAAUCUAUUUGUAUUUAGAAUAGUUGUCUCAAUCCAGUGUCUUGUCGUAGUUAAAGGGGGUGCAGCGGCUGUAGCUGUACCUAAUUCUGGUAUCUGAGGCCUUCUUAGAGCCUCUUUGGAGAGUCAUUUGAGAUCAUGGGGCUGUUAAGGAGUUUGCAGUGUGCCUUGUUACUUACAGCAAUGGCUUAGGUUCUUCUCAAUACUUCUUUAAAGUAACUUAAAGGGGCAUUCCCAUCUAUAGAAGUUAUCCCCUAUCCAAAAGCUUUGGGGUAUUAAGCUGAUUGAUGGGGAUCCAACUGCUGAAACAUCAUUGAUCCCAAGAAUGUGGCAAGGGUGCCUUGUUUAUUUUGGGGGACGAUUUUGUCCCUGUUCUUGGGAUCGAUGUUGGUCCCAGUGGCUGGACCCCCAUCAAUUAGCUUGUUUUUCCCUAUUCUGUGAAUAGAUGGGAAUACUCCUAUAACUCUUCUAGUUAUCAAGUUUUGAGGGUUGACACUCAUAAUAUUUGUAUACCUUUAAAACAUUUCAGUACUGCAACAUUUAUUUAAAAGGUGUGUUAAACAUGUGUUAAACAUCCAUGUACAGAAUUCAGAGUCAUUGAACCUUUGCGAUUGAUUAUGUCUCUGUUCUCUGAAAGAACUGUGCAUUCAAUAAAAAUUUUUCCUGAGUGACCAAUUUUAUUAAAAGCACUGAGUGUCCUGCACCAAUGUCACCGCUCACUCUCCUUAGACUGGCGAGCUCUCUGCUUACGGAGCUUGACGAACAUUGCAGCUUCCCUGUCAGAACGGCGACAGUCCAGGAGUUGUAAGAUACGAUCC